AUGUUAUAUAAUGGUAUCAAGCAAGAAAAUCAAUGUUUUAUUGAGCAAGGUUCUUUUCAUGUUAUGUUUGACUUGAUCAAGAGUAUUGUAUUACUUUCAGCACAAGUCCAUUUUGUAGAUCCUAUUAUUGAUAUUUGGGCAGGUACAAAGACCAACCAUUGGAUUGGGAUUAGAAUCAACUUAACCUUUAGCUCUUGGAUUGGAAUGAGUCAGUCAUCUUCAACAAUAAGUGUCACGCCUGAGCGUCGUGAAAUUCGAAUGGAUUGUACACAAGCUUAUUUGACUUUAAGUCCAGAUGUGACUAUCAAUGCUCCUUCUGUUGCUUGCAAAGCAUUUGACAAUCCAAAGGGAGCCUUAUGUACUCCUCAGAGUUGUUAUCACUCAAGUACUUGUCAUGAAUGUAGAAAGAUAGUUGUGAAUUCUGAUGAUGAAGAAGAACUUUCAGACUUAUCUUACAAUGAAGUAAAUUGUGAAACAGAUUAUCAUUUAGGUAUUCAAACUUCAAAUGAAAGAAUGGAUAGUAUUUGUACAGAUGAGAAUCAUGAUAAUUUUGUUUGCAAUGGCCAUUGUGUUGGAUUUACCACUUGUCAUAAUUGUAUUGAGGUUUCAGGCAAUUCUGAGUUAUUAGAUUGA